AUGGAAGGAAGCGAAAUAUCAGAAAAUAAACAACAGCAAUUGUCAGACGAUGAGGACAGCGAAUCUUUCGAGAGUACGAACGCGCCGAACUCGCCGCACUCCUCCGCAUCGGGCAGUCUGCGCAGACCUUUCGACGACUCACACAUCGACAAAGACAUCUUGGAGGACAACCCGGAAGAGUUCACGACGAACAUCCUACGCAACAAAGUGGCCACUCUUCUCGACAAAUGCGACCGCCUCGAAAGGCAGAAGAAGGCAGCCGUGGAUUUGUUGGCCGAGAAGAAGAGGAAGUUGGAAGAUGUCAACGAGAGUUUUGAGGGCAGGUUGAAAACUUUCGAAUGCGAGAAUCAAAAGUUGAGAGCCGAGAAUGAUCGAUUGGUUGACAGGUUGAACCUGCCUGACAAGGAGAAAUCUCUUUUUGUGAUGUUGCAGCAAGAAGUGGCGGACCUGAAGAAAAAGUUGGAGGAAUCAGAGCAAAGGUGCACCGAUGCAUGUGAGGAGAUCCAGGAGUUGAGGCAGGAGGUGAGUGAUGGCCGGCUGGAGAUGUUGGAACUGCACGACCAGUUCAGAGAGGACGAGGCUGUCGAGUUCAGAGAGAUCCAGAAGGAGCUGGAAUCUACCGCCAAGAACUGCAGGAUACUCCAGUUCAAGCUGAGGAAGGCUGAGAAGAGAUGUGAGCAACUGGAACUGGACAAACGCUUAACAGAGGAGAAACGCCGUCUCCACCAACAACAAUCAUCAUCAACACCGCCGCCAACAACUACAACAACAUCAACAUCAUCACCUCACAUCAACAACAUCAACAACAACUUCAACAACAACGUAAUGACUCACUCACAUGAUGGUGAUGAUGAGUAUGACGAUGAGGAUUUUGAGAGGAUGAACAAUCGUCUGAAGAGGCGGGUCAUCGAACUGGUGGAGGAGUUGAAGAUGGCAAAGGAAGUUUCGGUUCGACUGCACGAUCAGAUUGAAGAGAUGGAGGAGAAGAGAGGGGAUUACGAGAGAGAGAUGGAGAGGUUGAGGUCACUUCUCGACCAAUCAGAACUCGAGAAAAUUAACCUCAAAGGUCAACUCGAAAAUUUUUCAAAUCAGCAGACAUCCAAGACUCCAACCUCCCUACCUCCUCUGGUCAUAACAACCCCAACGAAUGCACCCACCCACCCACUCCUCACCUCACCACAACAGCCACCACCACCUUCGCCGACCACCAGCCACCUCGAAGUCCAGCUGCUCAUCAGGGACCUCAACGACAGCCUCGAGCGUGAAAACGACAUGAAGGAACAGCUGAAAUUCGGGGAAGAAGAAAUAAUCGUCAUGAGGAAGAAGAUGGCAGAAAUGGAGGAGGAGCUAGAAAGUGUCAAUCAUCAACUGAACAGGAUGACGUCAUCGAAAGGAGGCGUGGUCUUGUUUCGUGGUGGUGGCGAGGAUGGAGGAAUGGCUGCCGAAGCGGAGAAGCAACAAAUGAAGCUGCAAGUUGAGCUGGCUGAGUCGGAAUCUCGAGUUUUGAGACGCCGCCUGGAAGACAUGGACCUCAGUUACGAGAUCCUCUUGAAGGAGGUCAAACAGAUGAGGUCAAAGAUCACCUCGUUCACAGGGUUUGGCCGUUCAUUGGAAGAGGAAGAUGAAGAAGACGAUGAUGGGGCGUUGUCCCUGGGUGAUGGUGGGAGUGGCAGGAUGGGGAGGAAGAGGAGGUUGAUGCGGCUGAGGGAGAAUGAGGAAGACGUGAGAGUUUACAUGGAUGCUAGGAUACAAGCGGAAGUGCUGGAGCAAGAGGUUGGCCGCUGCAAUGAUAUGGCUGAUGAUAUCAACCCCUCAACAGCCACCUCCCUCCUACAAAGGGAACUCUCCCUCUCCAAGACCCACGCAGCCUCCCUCCAAGAAACAAUCUACCAACUAAACAGAGAACUUCUAAAGGUCAAGUUGAAGGUCAUCGGUGAGGCCGGUCAAGGCCAAACUGAGGACGACGAUGAAGAGGUGGUAAGGAGGGUGAUGGCUGGAAAGAAAGGUGAUGGAGGAGGUGGUGGUGGAGGAGGUGCGACUAAGGUCGGUGAUUCAAGUGGUGGUGGUAGUGGUGAUGGUAAGGUCAAUUGGAAAGAUAUCAGAGUGCAGGUGAGCUGUUGGGAGGAGGAGACCGGAAAUUUGAGGAUGAGGAACUUCACCUUGAGGCAUGGGUGCUCAAUUCUGAAAACCAAACUUCCCAGAUACCGAUCCAGCGAAGCUACUUCUAGUGGUGAUGGUGGUAGUGUUGGUGGUAGUGGUGAUGAUGGUGGUGGUGGUAGUGGAAAGCGUGGUGAAAUCGUCAGUGGAGAAAAACCACGUAAAGAUAUUUGGGAAGAUGAUGGCGAUGACGAAGAUGCGAGGUUGAAGCUGAAGGAGUUGCAAGGAAACAGCAAGGAGUACCUGAUGGAGAGGGUGGUGGAGAUGGGGGAGGAGUUGAGUGAGUUUGGGUUGGGUGAUGAUGAUGAGGGUGAUGACCAAGGAAGUCUGCGGAAGAUGUUGAAAUGUCGGGACGACGAGAACGACCGCCUGGAGGAGGAAGUGGCGCAGAGCAGGGAGGACAUGUAUCAGAUGAUUGGCGGUUUCAAGAGGAGAGAGAGUGAGUUGAGGGAGGAACUGGAUGACGUCACCAGCAAGUACGCCGCACUCGAAAGUUUGCUGGCACUCGUUAAGGACAGGGCCGAGGUCACACAGAAGGAGCUGGAGAGACUCCAAAAGGCGGGAAAAAUGGAAGCAUCAGCGAAUGAAUCCAAAGUCCGUAAGGAUGCGGCACUGAGCAGCACUGACGAGGCUCUGAAGAAGCAGAUCAGCCUACUCGAGAAGAUGCUAAACAGUGAGAAGCGCAGAGCGGAAGCAGCUGAGAUGAAAUUAAAGAUGGCCGACCGGUCGCCAUCUUUAAAUAGGGAUGGCAGGGUGGAGCAGCAUGAAAAAGAUAUCACUCAACAAGAGCUGGUUCUCAGUCAGAAGCAGUUGAAAGCCACGGCGGACCGAUUGAGUGGAAUGAAAGAGAAGUUGUCUCAGUUGGAGGAGGACCAUGAGAAACUCCUCUGCGACCAUCGGAAAUUACUAAGAGAGGAGCCAUCAUCGUGGAGGUGGGAGAAGUUGGAGAUGGAGAGACAGAUGAAGGAGCUAAGGAGGAAGUUGGACGAGAGUUACUCAGAGAUGAGGAGGAUGAAAGUGAAGUGGCGAUCGGUGGGGGAAGACAGAGAUAGGGAUAAUCAGAUCAAAGCAGAGUUGGAGAAGAAAAUAGAAAAGUUGAAGGAGGAAAAUGAUGAGCUACUGAAGAGGAUUGAAUUCCAACACCAGCUAGAAUUAAACAUUGCAAUCAAGGAUCGUAAAGAAGCGCAACAGGAAGUUGACCACCUUAACGAACUUCUAGUAUCCAAAGAUCAUAUAAUCCACCAAAAAAAUAAAUUGAUAGAGCAGAAAGAUUACAUUAUUGCGGAAAAGGAAAAGGCUUUGAAGGAAAACGCUGAAGCCACGAUCGUCGCGGAAGUAGCGCUGAAGAACGUGGAGGAGCAGAUGAAUCUGUUGAAGAAUGACGUAAAAACGUUGGAGGUGGAAUGCGCGCAAAUCAGCACUCUGAAGACGCAGCUACAAGAGAAAGAACAGCAGUUGAAGCAGCUGGAUGAGCAGGUGCGUAGAAGGGAUGAUAGACUGAAGGAGAAAGAUGAUUUCCUGCAGCAAAUCAACCGGAAGUUGAUUGAAAAAGGAAAUCAGGUAAGUGACAUGGACCGCACCAUCCGACAGAUCAUCCGCAAGCUACAGGCCAGGGACUGCGACCUCGGCAUGACGAACGCCGAACUGAGGAGGGUCCAAAAUGAACUGAGGACCAACCAGGAGAAGUUGCAGGAAGCAAAAGCGAAACUCGACGCACUCGAAAUGAAAGCGAAACUUGAAGUCGUGAAACCCCAAAAAACAGUUGCAGUCAGUAAAACGGCAGAGAAGGCUGCUUACGAUGAUGUAGUCAGACACAAGUUGGAAAGUGUCCAAUUACUGGAGGACAAUUUGAAAAUGGCGUCAAUAGAAAUAAUUGCCUUGACAAAAACGAUAGAAGAUCUAAAAUCGAAAUUGAAUUCUAAAACAGAAGAAUCGGGAAACGUUAUUUCCGAUCUGGAAAUGAAAGUGAAACUAGCGGAAGAAAAAAAUCACGCUCUAAGUUUGUUGUACGAGAAGAACGUUGCUUCGACUGCUGCAGCUUCUUCAGGCGACACAAGUGAUAGCCACAAUCAAACCGGUAGCGAUGGUUGUAGAGGUGUUUGUGGAGAGGUGGUGGCUGCAAUCAGUCCCUCCGAGGCAUACAAACAAAUGAUGCGAGAAAAAGAGAACUUGAUCAUGGAAAAAUUUAAACUGAACAGUGAGCUAAACAAAGUCAAGAAACAAAAUGGAGAGCGGGAACAAGAAAUUGUUCGACUGAAUCAAGAAAUUGAAAAAAUGAAAGUGGAACUUAAUAGUAGAUCAUCAAAAGGUCGCCAGCAAGAAACAUCUGCAAACAAAUUAGAAGUUUUGAGGCCAGAAACCUUACCAAUCCCUCCGAAAAAAAUUUCUCCUCAAUCAUCCCCCAAACUUCCUUCCUCACUUUCCACGACCACCUCAACAUCGGAGUCGACAUCUCAGACGAUAGCUAAGCUAAGGUCAAAGGUCAUUCAGCUGGAGACGCACUGGAAGGCAGAGAAGUGUACGUUGGAGGAGUUCUACGACGGACACAUCCAACAGCUGCGGGAAACGAACAAGCAGCUGCAAUCGAACAACCAGCUGCUGAGGAAGGAGUGCGAUGGUCAGUUGCUACUGUUGCAGAACUCCAGGAAGGCACUGGCUGACCUGAGGCAGAGAUUCGACAUUUCAUCGGUGACCUGGAAUGAGGAAAAGGAUGCUCUGAAAGUCAAGGUCAAUCAGGUGAACGACCUCCAGGAACAACUGAAAGUUUUGGAAAAGUCCAACGAAGAUUACUUCACGCGAUUGGAGGCUUCCGAAGUUAAGCGACAUGACCUUGAAGUCAAGUUGAGUCUCUGUGAAGCGCUCCUGAAGAGGGAGAGAGAAAAGUUUGAGGAGAGAAUGAAAAUGUUGCCUUCCACCACUCCAAACACUGAAUCGUUGACGGCAGUCACCACACCAGCCACAACCAGCAGCAAGUCGUCUGCGUUCACUAGGGUAGCUGAAUUCAAAGCGAAAUUCGAAAAGUUUGGCAAAUUGUCGAAGAAAGCAGACGACAGCGUGGACCUGAGCACGAGUCCCAACGUCAGCAACAAAAGCGCCAAACAUUCCACGACAUCUGCUGCCGCUGCCACAACCACAUCCACACUAACAGCUGGCCAGGAAUCCAUCAACAUGCUGGAAGAACUCGUGAGGAAACUCCAGAGCCAGAUUUUGAACCUGGAGUCUAAGAGAAGUCAAGACGAGGAAAGAUGGAAGAAGAGGCUGGACAGCCUGAACAAGAACUACGAAAGUGAUGUAGCUGAGAACAAGAGGAAGACUGCUUCCGUUAGUCAAUGUGGUGGCGGAAUGUGUUGA